AUGUCGCCAUCGAAGCCCAAGGCAGAGGCCAAGCCCUCAAGGCUCCACGGGAGAGACAAUUGCCCCAGUUUCAAAGCCCCUCCUAUAGACUGGAGUCGACUUAAAGCCUGGGUAAAUCUUCCAGUCCUCGAUUCUUUGGCUUCCGCUGAGAAUCAGCGUGAUCGCGAACUUGCUGCAAGAUACGGGGGACUCGGGAGACACCGUUUGAUUUAUGAUCGUGAGAGUGAUGCGAAACUCCCACCACCCCUGUUCGCCAACCUAGAGCAGGAGUCCAACGCUGAGGAUAUUUUGCUCUCAAUCGCAAAUCCGGAACCGCCGAGGUACCGAUUCACGCCGCUUGACAACCAAAGUCCUUCAGCAAAAGGGACUUCUAGAAUCUAUCACCCUUUACCCGAGGCCAAUGCCUUCCGAUUACUAGAGAUUCUUGCUGGCGAAUGCGACGUGGUUCAAUGUAAGCUCCACGUAUGCAGCUUACAAGAAAGCGAGACAACAUAUGAAGCUCUGUCAUACACGUGGGCCAAGCCAGAUGAUUCCAGCAACCGAAAGAUUGAAAUCAUCUCCAACGGAGGGAGUCAAACUAUGUCUAUCUCCGGUAGUUUAUAUAUCGCAUUACGAGAGCUUCGGAGGAGCAAUGCAAGCAGAGUAUUAUGGGCCGAUGCUAUCUGCAUCAAUCAGGAGGACGUCAAAGAGAGAGGCCAACAGGUAGCUAUGAUGGGACAAAUAUUCAGUGGCGCUUGGCAGGUGGUUAUAUGGCUGGGUGAGGAGGAAGAUCGCUGUAUGUGCGGAAACACGGUCCUUGAGACGUCUCUUUCUUCAGCCUCGAAAGGGUUUUCGGGAUUAUGCUCACUCGUGAACGAUUGGCUCGCUCAGGCUGGUCAAGAGACUUUCGAAGCAACUUACUCGGAGAUCUCAAAAGAUGGCCAAUCCACGAUACAUCGCGCCAACAUAUACGAUGCUGAGGACAACGACACUCAAAUGAUGCAGCUCUUCUGUCGGCGUUGGUUCUCUCGUAUCUGGGUCUUGCAAGAAGCUACCCUCGCAAGGCAUGCUGUCGUCCAACUCGGCUCGUACCUAAUUCCAUGGGAGUGGGUUGGGCUCGCAGCAGCUAUAGUGGUCCACGAGCCGAAACUGUAUGCUGCUGGUUAUACGCCAGACGCGAGCCUUAGCAGAGCGACGAACACUUAUCUCAUGUAUCGACUAUCAAUAUCACAGAAAUGUUUCCCGCGCCUGGAAUUCUCCUUCGCCCAAUUGCUUCGACUGUCUCGAAAAUUCAACAGCAAAGAGCCUAAGGAUAAGGUAUACGGCCUCUUGGGUAUUGGAACGACAGACUCCGUUGGCAAACAGAUCGUUCCAGACUAUUCGGAGACAACUAGUUCCGAGAAAGCUUUCGAGGAUACUGCCAGAAUCAUGCUUCAGUCGGCGUCUCCACUGACGUUUCUUUCUGGAGCUGGGACGUUUGGGCUCUUUGAUCGCUCGGGGCCUUCGUGGGUGCCAAGUUGGCAUGAGUACCGGCCAUGGACAAUAUUGCCGACCGAGAAACAUCCAGGCUUCCAAUGUGCAUCUGGUACUCCAAUGGAACUGAAACCCGGUAACGAGGCAGGAGAACUGGUCCUCAAGGGCGUGAUUAUCGAUCACAUCUCCUCUGUGCAAGAACACCAUGAUGUUUGUUGGAACAUGUGGGGCGACCACGACGAGAUUUAUGACAACUUCCUAAGCCAGCCACGAUGGAGUGAGGAAGCAUGGAGAAAAUGUGCCAUGACGUUAACGUGCGGUGGUGAUGGGAGAGCUUAUCCCAUUGAUGAUGAGACGGCGCAUCUCACUAGUUUCGCUGCUCUGGUACUUUUAGGACGUGCUCAUUGGAUCAUGACAGAUCUCAUCGCACUACAGGAUAUUAUCGAGCCCGAAGGCGACGGAAUGACACAGACUGAGUAUCUUGAACAGAUUGAUAGAUAUGGAGAUGCUCGUGGAUAUAUCAGCGCCCUGGAACCUCUUCAGUAUUAUUAUAGGUUGUUCAAGACGGCAUCGAAAGACUUUGGGGUCGGGCCUGUUGAUAUGAAGAUUGGGGAUAAGCUGUGCGUACUAUUUGGUGCGGAGGUUCCCUUUUUGUUGAGGCCGAAGGGCGAUGGGUACUUGGUAGUCGGGGAAUGCUAUGUCUAUGAUUUGAUGCAUGGAGAGGUCCUCGAAAAACUAGCAGCUGAUCCUGAUGCACAUUUGAAGGCUCAAUGGAUCAAACUCAUCUAG